CACAGCUCCUCCGCUCUGAUUGAUCCUUCGCUCCGGCUCCGGGCUGACACUCCACCAGUUUAUGACCGAAACGUCUCAUGGCUCGACAAGAAGAGCUCGGUAGCUAGCCGUGAAUUCCGAGAUAGCGCGUUUGAGUGAUUUUCCAGGGAGAGAAAUGAUAUAUUAUGUUAGUACUUUAACAAAUGUUGGUUGCAGACUGGGCGCAUGUUUAUGUAUGUAGGCUUAGGGCUAGUCGCGUAGUAGGUUGCUAACAGUUAGCUAGUUAGCUUCAGUGAGACACUUCCUGUAGUGCUCCUCGGGUUGGGCCUGGACACUGAGCACCGCUCCACUCGGAAUAAGAACAGCACAUCUGUUUAGUUAAUGUCACCGGAGUAAAGCACUUACUGGUGUAGGAUGCUUGUUGACUGCAGCACUAAUGCUGUCGCUUCUCUGUGCUUGGCUGCUGACAAUCUGCAGUAGCACAAUGAUUGACAUCCCUAUGCGGCCCAUCCCGAGGCACCUCCCUAAGUCCUUCAAAUGAUAUGAUAGUAGCCACCUGGAUUGCAUUCUGUGCCAGCAGGAGCCUUGCGCGGGUUCUACGACUGACCGUAGAACAGCUGCGAACUGUAGAGUUCUGGCCAAGCCUUGCAGGCAGCAGAGCCAUGGGGAACAGCUGUGUCUGCAGAGAGGACAGCGAUAUUGAGGAGGGAGCGGCGCCUCGCAGGCAGCUGAGGCGAGUGGACAAUUCUGCCACUGAUCCUCCAGAGGCCAGGAGCAGUCGGCCGAGGGACCCUGUCCGACCACCCAGACGAGGCCGGGGGCCACAUGAGCCGCGGCGCAAAAAACAGAACGUGGACGGUCUGGUGCUGGAUACACUGGCUGUCAUCAGGACUCUUGUUGACAAUGACCAAGAGCCCCCAUACUCCAUGAUAACAUUGCACGAGAUGGCCGAAACUGAUGAUGGAUGGCUAGAAGUGGUGCAGUCUCUAAUCCGAGUGAUUCCUCUGGAUGACCCGCUAGGGCCAGCUGUGAUCACCCUGCUGCUGGAUGAGUGCCCUCUGCCCACCAAAGAUGCUCUACAGAAGUUGUCAGACAUGUUGAGUCUAAGCGGCGCUGUGGCUCGCCAGGACGCCCUCAUCCCCGCCAAGCACCGCAAUACCACUGCUGUGCUGGGCUGCCUAGCUGAGAAACUCGCUGGUCCAGCUAGCAUUGCACUCCUCAGCCCAGGAACCCUGGAGUAUUUACUGGAGAGCCUGAGUUCUGAGGCCCAUCCAACUGUAAUGCUCUUUGCCCUCAUUGCUCUGGAGAAGUUCUCUCAGACCAGUGAGAACAAGCUGACUGUGUCAGAGUCAUGUAUCAGUGAUCGUCUAGCUGUCUUGGAGUCUUGGGCAGAUCACACAGACUAUCUUAAACGCCAAGUUGGCUUCUGCGCACAGUGGAGUCUGGACAACCUGUUUCUAAAAGAGGGUCGCCAGUUCACUUAUGAGAAGGUCAACCUGAACAACAUCAACGCCAUGCUUAACAGCAAUGAUGUCAGUGAAUAUCUCAAGAUCUCUCCAAGUGGUCUGGAGGCCCGGUGUGACGCAUCGUCUUUCGAGAGUGUGCGCUGUACGUUUUGUGUGGACUCGGGGGUUUGGUACUAUGAGGUCACGGUCAUCACCUCUGGGGUCAUGCAGAUUGGCUGGGCCACCAAGGACAGCAAGUUCCUCAACCAUGAGGGCUAUGGGAUUGGAGAUGAUGAGUACUCGUGUGCGUAUGACGGCUGCAGGCAGCUGAUUUGGUACAACGCUCGCAGUAAACCUCACUCCCAUCCCUGUUGGAAAGAAGGUGAUGCCAUAGGAUUCUUGCUGGAUCUCAGCAAGAAGCAGAUGGUUUUCUAUCUGAAUGGACACCAGCUUCCUCCUGAGAAGCAGGUGUUCUCCUCUGCCACGUCUGGCUUCUUUGCAGCAGCCAGUUUCAUGUCCUACCAACAGUGUGAGUUCAACUUUGGUGCCAAGCCCUUCCGCCACCCCCCAUCUGUCAAGUUCAGCACCUUUAAUGAGUUUGCCUCGCUUGCAUCCGACGAGAAGAUAAUCUUGCCCAGACAUAGACGUCUAGCCCUUUUGAAGCAGGUUAGCAUCAGAGAUAACUGCUGCACCCUCUGCUGUGACCAGAUGGCAGACACAGAGCUGAGACCCUGUGCACACAGUGGGAUCUGUAUGGAGUGUGCCUUACAGCUGGAGACAUGCCCCUUAUGUCGUCAGGACAUUCAGACACGAGUCAGACUCAUUUCCCAUGUGUCCUGACAUCAGCCCCGAAGGCCAGGGCACGGACACUCCCCCUAGCUUCCAUCCCAUCCAGUUCCCUCUGUACAAGAGAUCAACCUGACCAAUAGAAAUCAUGAUGCUGUUUCAGGAUUGGACGCUACAGCUCAGAAUGUCGAGAGGAAGGAUGGAUGGAACCUUCCUUUGUUCUAAAGAGAGAAAGAUAUUUUUUCGUCUCUUAAAGGAGGGAACACACCUACAAGACGGCCAUCCCCUGCCAGAAAGGAUGAGAGGGCUGGAAGAAAACUGGGGAAGUUGAAAGGUUUCUGAGAAGUUCAAAGCAUCAUUUCCAGAAACAUGCCAUAAAAUGCAUGUCCAAUGUAGAACAUGCAUUGCAUACACAAUCUGCCUAGGACUCUCUCCCCACAGGCGCUGAUCAGCAGUGCCUGCAUAUCUCUGUGUUCAGAUGUGUUAAAUGUAUCUGUGACUCUUCUCAUGUUUUAGUCAAACUAAAAGGCUCAACAAGAAAGACAGCGUUCCCUAACCACUUUAUUUCCACAAUGAUGCAAAUGCCUGAUUCUGAGACACACAUUGAACCUAAUAUUUUCUUCUCUCUGUCUCUCUCUCUAUCUCUCUCUUGUACUUGAAACAAUUGUGGGUUGAUUCCCUUGCAUUAUCAGUAGGAUGGAAGUCUUGAUUUGAGAAGCUGUGAUUUCCAAUGGUAUUAUACAGAUUUUCAUUGUACAGAAUGAAAAUCCCAUUUAGUAUCAAAAACUAAACAUAAAAUUGCAGAGAAUAAACUUUGACCAGAGGUCAUACAAUGUUCAGGUUGCUGUAUUGUUCAUCAAAUGACCUGAGAGAUUCAAUCAUUUGUCUUGCUUACCCUGAUUAUUUAAGGAGGAUGCACAUAUCUAAGUCUUGGAUACAGAGAGCAAAAUGUGAACUUUCUGAAACGGUUAAUGUGAGGAGGCCGCCAUCUAAAGAGCUCCAAAGAUCUAAGAAUGUGGCUGAAUUCAGAAUCGUUCUUUUUCUGAACUGUGAUGUUUGUAAUAAACGUAUGUUUUACGUGUUGCUUAA